AUGCCAACGUUCGAGGAGGAGACGAUCCGCAGGAAGAAGCUCACGAGUAUCGUGUGGAAGACGUUUACGCCCAUUUCGAGCAGUGGAUUACGAGACGGACUGAUUGAUUCGGCCAAGUGCUCGGUGUGCAACAAGGUCUUUAGCACGAGACACGGCACGUCGUCAAUGAUGCGACAUGCGAAGCGACAUACAGAGUUCCCGCAAGGCACCGCUUGUGCGGGCAAGAAGGGCAAAAAGAGUGCAAAUGGAGUAAUGGUCAAUGGCGGUGAAGCAGCUGUGGUCGAAACAGCUAGUGUCGCACCGAAGAAGGCCAUGGCUGUGAAGAAAGAGACGACAGCAGAGGUGCACCCGGACGAGCAUGCGGCAGGCAUGAAACGCCAGCGGUUGCGCAAUUUGAGCAGCGCGUUGAUUGAGUGGAUCGUCGACGAUGAGCAAGACAUUGGCGUGGUGCAGCAAGAACGGUUUCUGGACGUGCUAGCUGUUGCUGGCAUCAAGGCUGUGAUUCCGCCUUUGGAUGUACUGCAGAAAGCAAUGGAGCGCAAGUACUACGCGCUCUUUACGCGUGUGGGCGAGUACAUCAAUCGUUCUGCGGUCGGGCGUAUCACAUUUUCGUGUGACACGUGGUCGGGGCUAGUACAUAAAGGAUACAUGGCUAUUUAUCUGCACUGGAUCAACGCCGAGUGGGAGUAUAAAACUAUUCAGGUUGGGCUGGAAGGUUGCCCACCCGAGUGUAACGCGUAUUUCAUGUCGGACUUGCUGUUCAAUGUGCUUCAGAACAACUGGGGCAUUGGCAACAAAUUGCUCUGCGGUGUGACACCAAUGGGCAAUGAGUCCGGGGUCGGUAUGGGCUUCCUGCGUGAAAAGAUUAAAGGAAUUAUAGGAUUAGAUAACAUCUCCCCGGACUGGAAUGUGACAUGCUUGGGCCAUCUCAUUCAUACGGGCGUACUAGCGGCGCUUAAGGAAAUUCGCCACGAAAUUGUAAAGCUACGUUCGUUGCUGUCGCUGCUGAAGUCCACAACUGAAAGUCAAGAACACUUUGCGCUGCGUACGACCGAAGUGGGGCUGCAGUACCCUGACCAGCUUCCCAAUAUAGACUCGCCCAAGGAUUGGAAAACGACGAUCACGAUGAUCUUGGAGAGCGCCAAGAUCAAGGACACCAUCAACGCAUUGUAUGGCGAUGCAUCAAAUAGUAUGAGCAUUUUCCUGCUGGAGGAGAUUGAGUGGGAUCUGCUAGUAUGGGCGGCCACUUUUCUGCAAAAGUGCAUGCAGAUGGCCACGUGUCAGAGUGACCAGAAACACAUUUCGCUGAGCACCUCCAUCAAUGUCUGCAAGGCGAUCGUGGGGCUGUGCGAGAGCACCGCCGCGUCAGCUUCCGACUUCACGGCGAGUGCCUUUACGAAGGUCCAAAAAGUGUGCUUGAACGUCAAAUCCAGCCUCGGAUCGUACCACACGGAGCACUCGUCACCUUACUUUCAUCUGGCAAAAAUCCUGGAUCCCCGGUUUUCAAACGAGUCUGUGGACAAGUCAUCGAAGAAGACAUUUCUGCGCGACAUGCUCCGCACCAGUGUCUACGACGCUCUAUCGGACGCAAGACUGGACGACGACCAAGCGCGACAUGACGCCUCAACUGCGUACACGACGUUUGAAAAGCUGUUGGACAUUGGCGAGGGUAUGCCCGAUUACGCAAUCGAUGGCGACGAAGUGGACCGGUUCUUUGACGCAACGCUUAUCCGUGACAAGCGGUCAGACCCGUUCAUGUGGUGGAAGUCGAACGAGACGCGAUUUCCCACGCUGGCGAAACUCGCGCGCGACAUCUUGUCGAUUCCUGCAACUGCCGUGCCCAGCGGUGCUGUGUUCACCCAAGCAAACUACGCUCGUGCGUUCAGCACCGACGGUAUGGAAACGAGCAGGCUUUUCAAGUUCAACAAGCUUGCCCGUGUAUGGCAGACCAAGCGCUCGAACUUUGGCCGCAAGCGACGUCGCGAGUCGUUUGAUUACUUGGACCCGCCAUUGGAACCUCCCGCGAAGUUGACGUCGUAUGAAGAAAGUAUUUAG